AUGGGUGAGAAAGAAGACAAGGAGAAAGCUGAGAAGCUGGCAGCUGCAAAAAAACGGGUCGCCCAAUUGAAGAAAAAGGCCGCAGCCGCAGGCGGAGGAUCGAGCACGACGGGGAAGAAAUCGGGCAAGAAUAAAUCCAAGAAAGACGAUGCUGCGAAGGAAGACGACGCCGAAACCGCGGAUGCAGAGGUAGAGGUAGAGGCAGAGGGCGAAGAGAAGGACAAAGACGAUGCUGGCGAGGCUGCGGUUGAGGCGGAGGACAAACCUGCAGACGACACAGCCGCGGCAGCGGUGGAACCCCAGGAUGCAGACGAAGCAGCCUUCAACGAUGCCAUCAAGGCUGCUGCUUCUGGCGGUGGUGGUGCGGCAUCGCUGAGUCCCGACGCGGUCGAAUCCCCUGCUACGGUUUCCCCUCCCUCCGCAGACCAAGAGUUGGCUUCUGCUUCUACCACAACCAGAGGGCCGCGGCACUCGACUCGCCAGCCGAGCGUGAGUCUACAGAGCAAGAUCCGCAGCACGAGCUUCCGCGACAGCGGUCCGCUGAGCCCUGCACUCGUGACGCCGAGUGGCCUGUCGCGGCCGGAAGAGCUGGAACGCGAAAACAAACGGCUGGCGAGAGAGGCCGAGGAGCAUGAGAAGCGGUGGCGGCGAGUCGAGGAGGAGCUGGAGGAGCUCCGUGAGCAGAAUGCAGAGAGGUCUGUCUCGGGUGGUGCUGAUGCUGAUGGGGAGAUUUCACGUCUCAGGGCCGAGGUUGAGGUGCUCCGGCGCAGGACGAGUACCGCGGCCGCGAGGAGGGAGAGUAGCCAGGCCGUUGGAGGCGGUGAGGAUGUGGAGAGCUUGAGGUCAAAACUGGAGAGUAAGGACUCUACGAUCGCUGAUAUGCAGCUUGAGAUCUCGCGGUUGCGGGGCCAACUGUCGAGUCAAACCGAGGGCUGUGAGACGCAUGGGGAGCAGAUCUCGGCGCUUCAGAGUUCGUUGUCGUCGGUUGAGGGCAAACUACGCGGGAUGGAGACUGAGUUGGCUGAUACGAAGAAGGCAUUGUCAAGAGCCAGCGAGAAGGCUGUGCUUGAUGGGACGGAGCGGACUAGUAAAGACACGAAGAUUCGAAGCCUGGAACGCGAGCUUGAGGAGGCCAUCAGCAAGCGAGACGAGGUGGUCAAGAAGGCAGAACAGCUCGAAAAGAAAGUCGAGGCCAUGAAUAAGCUCCACAGGGAGGCUGAAUCUCGAAACUCGAACAAGCUUGCUACAUCGGAAGCUACGGCCAGAGAAUUACCCGCUCUUCGAGCGAAGAUUGAGAAGCUCGAGUCCGAGAACUCACGACUUCGGGAAAAGCACAAGAGAGUCAUGAGUGGCGGUGGAGGGGACGAAGGCCUCGACGAGCUCGAGGACGAAGAGCGACAGAAACUCGAGAAGAAGAUACGAGAACUCGAGGGACAGGUCUUCGACCUGCAACGCGGUGUGUGGAGAGACAAGAGGAUGCAGAUGCAGCCUCGUGGCGACGAAGGAUCACGGACAUCACUCGAUCCUGGCGAGGACUUCGAUGAAGUCGACUUGUCUGGCUCUGGCAACGCCAGUCGACGCAGAAGCUCGGGGAAUCUUCUCAACCAGCAAUCGCAGAUUCGACAUUCGGGGUUCACACAGGUGUUGAAUUCUGGCCUUGCUGCGUUUCGCACGAGCACUACUUCUCCUGAUUCGCAAUCUCGAAAUCAGACUCGACCGAGGAAUGACUCGCUUCUACAGGAGUUUGACGACGACGAUGCUGGCUUUGAUGAACAUGCGUUCGCUCGUGCUCAGGCAGAGGAAGAGGCUCGUAAGAUGGUUGAGCAUGUCAGGGAGGUUAAGCGAGGGUUGAAAGGUUGGGUGGGUUGGAGGUUGGACCUCGUUGAUGCUAGACGCGCCAGCGGUGGUGUUGGCUUUGGAGAGAUAUUCGAUGUAUAA